AUGCCCGCGCCGCAGCUCGCGUCGCCCGCUCGCGGUGGCCUCAUCCAUCGCACGCCCCGCGCCACCGCGCCACUAGGCCCCCCUGCCGCGGCCCCUGCUCGCCGCUUCGCUGCCGGCAGCGCACCGCUCCGGCCACGUCCUCGCCUAGCGCAGCCGCUCGCCGUCGCCGUUGCGCCCCGCCUUAGCCCGGGCCGCCUGACCCGCGCCGCCUCCACACCGUCGCGGCACGCCUCGCUGCAGCGCCCAGCUCGCCCCAUCGUCGCCUCCACCGUGACCCCCAACCCGUCGCUCUGCGCCCUCCCUGCAGCCGGCCGCCGCGCCGAGCCGCUUCCCGCCGGGGCCGGACCCCGCCCUGUCGCCCCCCUUGUCGCGCUGCUCCGGCUGCCGCCGUGGCCGGCGCCCCCCCUUGGUGGCCUCGGGCCUGCAUGUGGGCGCACGCCCCGCCCGUGCCUGUAA